AUGAAUCAAGAAGACGUGGAGGUGUUUUCCAAGGAGACCUUCUUGACGUCGGUCAAAAGGAUCUCCGACUCCGCUACAGGCAACAAGAGUGCGCAAAUAUCCAACACAAACGUCAUCGAUGAAGCUCCAGCUAUGGCAAUCGUUCGACAGAAGCAUGCACAGCUCCAUGACGUUGUUGGGUCCUUAUCGGAGAAGAUCAGUUCCGUUCUAGCACGACAGGAGCGAGACUUUUUGGCUGCAUAUCGUGCCCACAUGUACAAUGUACAGAAGGAGCUUCACGAAAUGCGCGAAAAAAUUCAUCGUAAUGAGACGGUAGAGAACAAAUCUGAGAAGAUCAAGAAAAUUGAAGACGAGCGCGAUUGGUACAGGAAGGAGGCGCUACGUCUGGAUGCGUUUACCACCACAAUGACCAAAGAUCUCAAGUACAUGAAAGAGAACUUGGAAUCCAUCGAAGAAGAUCGGAAUUGGCUCGAAAAGCAGCUGAAAGCGUGUAAAAAACAGAACAAACUACUUCGCGCUGAGCUGGAUGUAAGACUCGCAGUGCCUGGCAACAAUUCCGCAUCAGAUUCUACUAGAGUUUUCCCAUCGUUUGACAGAUCAGGGUCCAAGAUACUGAAGCAUCGAGGCUCUCAAGAACUCCUGACUACAGCACAUGGUUUACCUCAACUGAACUUGGACGUAACUUCUACAAGUCACGAACGAGAAGAGAAACUCAAGAAACAAAUCCGCACUUUGAAGCGUGAACUGCAGCACAAAUCCAACGAAUUGGUCGCGAUCAAGAGGCAGCAACGUCUUCUGAAACGGGACGAGAGUACUGGUCAAUCUCUUCUUGAACAGUUUUUCUUGCAGUGUGUGAACUCAGUCAAAGAAGAAGUAAGUCGAAGACGAGACUGCAGACCAAGCUCCGUUAAAGGACAACGAGGAGGUCGGUUAAUGGAGAAAGCUCGUCAGCCCAAAGUUGACGUUGAACUGGACGAUUUCACUCCCAACGACCGCGUACGAUUGAUCGAGCGUUUGUUAGCACACGAUGAAGUGUUGAGCUUCCUGUACAAUCAGUUGUUUCCUACCGAAAAACCCGCUGUGAACACUGACGCAUUAGAAAUGAAUUGGACCUCGCAGCCAUCCGGACAGGAACUUCAGAAACGAGAAGAAUCAUUACCGACACUGCACUCUUCAGUGAGUCUUCCAGAUACUACGAGCUUGUUCUCAAACUUCGACGGUAGCAGCAACAAGUCCACUAAAGAUGGCGAGUCCGACUCAGUCCAAAGUGACACUGCGGUGGCUGCAGUUCACGGUUCCUUACCGCUGGACUUAUUCACUAAGGAAUACCUGAAAUCCGUGUAA